UAGAAGUCCCUGACUGAGAUGAACUAUUUCUACAGCAGGGUUAAGAAUGCUUUCCAGAGGUUUGCGGGGAAGAUAGGAAACCCUUUACGCUGCAGGGCAACGGAGAAGUUUCCUGAUUGUCAGUCAAAGCAUGGCACCUCAUGUAUGGUCAGCUACAUGCCCACUUAUUAUGUCAACAUGGAAGUCUGGGUGGAAGCAGAGAACGCCCUUGGGAAGGUCUCCUCGGAGUCUAUCAAUUUUGACCCCGUGGAUAAAGUGAAACCCAUCCCACCAUAUAAUUUAUCAGUGACCAACUCAGAAGAAUUAUCCAGUAUAUUAAAGCUAUCAUGGGUCAGUUCAGGGCUGGGCGGUCUUUUAAGUCUGAAGUCCGACAUCCAAUAUAGGACCAAAGAUGCCUCAACUUGGAUCCAGGUCCCUCUUGAAGAUACAAUGUCUCCCCGAACUUCCUUCACCGUGCAGGACCUUAAGCCUUUUACAGAAUAUGUGUUUAGGAUCCGGUCCAUUAAGGACAGUGGGAAGGGCUACUGGAGUGACUGGAGUGAGGAGGCUAGUGGGACCACAUACGAAGACAGACCAUCCAAACCACCAAGUUUCUGGUAUAAGAUAAAUCCAUCCCAUGGGCAGGAAUAUAGAUCUGCACGGCUCAUAUGGAAGGCAUUACCUCUUUCUGAAGCCAAUGGGAAAAUCUUGGAUUAUGAAGUGAUUCUUACACAGUCAAAGUCAAUUUCACAAAAGUACACAGUUAACGGCACCGAGUUGAUAGUAAAUCUCACCAAUCACCGCUAUGUAGCAUCUCUAGCAGCAAGAAAUAAGGUGGGCAAAUCCGCUGCAGCUGUCCUCACCAUCCCCAGCCCCCACGUCACAGCUUCCCAUCCGGUAGUGAAUCUUAAAGCAUUUCCAAAAGAUAAUCUGCUCUGGGUAGAGUGGACGCCUCCAUCUAAACCUGUGAACAAAUACAUCCUAGAGUGGUGUGUGUUGUCCGAGAACGCACCCUGUAUCGAAGACUGGCAGCAGGAAGAUGCUAACGUGAAUCGGACCCACUUGAGAGGGAGCCUCCUGGGGAGCAAAUGCUAUCUAAUUACGGUGACCCCCGUGUUUACCACGGGGCCCGGACGCCCUGAGUCCUUGAAGGCGUACCUCAAGCAAACAGCUCCUACUAGAGGACCAACUGUUCGGACAAAGAAAGUGGGGAAAAAUGAAGCUGUCUUAGAGUGGGACCAACUUCCUGUGGAUGACCAGAAUGGAUUUAUUAGAAACUACUCCAUAUCUUAUAGAACAAGCGUUGGAAAGGAAAUGGUCGUGCAUGUGGAUCCUUCUCACACAGAGUACACACUGUCCUCUUUGAGUAGUGACACGUUGUACAUGGUCCGAAUGGCAGCAUACACAGAUGAAGGUGGGAAAGAUGGGCCGGAAUUCACUUUUACAACACCAAAGUUCGCUCAAGGAGAAAUAGAAGCCAUAGUCGUGCCUGUGUGCUUAGCGUUCCUCCUGACAACUCUGCUGGGAGUCUUGUUCUGCUUUAACAAACGAGACCUAAUAAAAAAACACAUCUGGCCUAACGUUCCUGAUCCUUCAAAGAGUCAUAUUGCCCAGUGGUCACCUCACACCCCCCCAAGGCACAAUUUUAACUCCAAAGAUCAAAUGUACUCAGAGGGCAAUUUCACUGACGUAAGCGUUGUGGAAAUAGAAGCAAACAACAAGAAGCCUUGUCCAGAUGACCUGAAGUCCUUGGACCUGUUCAAGAAGGAUAAAGUGAGUACAGAAGGGCACAGCAGUGGCAUCGGGGGGUCCUCGUGCAUGUCCUCCUCCAGACCCAGCAUCUCCAGCAACGAGGAAAAUGAGUCUGCUCAGAGUACCGCCAGCACGGUGCAGUACUCCACUGUGGUGCACAGCGGCUACAGGCACCAGGUCCCAUCCGUGCAAGUGUUCUCAAGGUCUGAGUCCACCCAGCCCCUGCUAGACUCCGAGGAGCGGCCAGAAGACCUGCAGCUGGUGGACAAUGUGGACAGCGGGGAUGAGAUCUUGCCCAGGCAACAGUAUUUCAAACAGAACUGUAGUCAGCCUGAAGCCAGUCCAGAUAUUUCACAGUUUGAAAGGUCAAACCAGGUUUCCUCGGGCAGCGAGGAGGAUUUUGUCAGACUGAAGCAGCAGCAAAUUUCCGAUCACAUUUCGCAGCCCUAUGGAUCCGAGCAACGGAGGCUGUUUCAGGAAGGUUCUACAGCGGAUGCUCUUGGCACAGGGACUGAUGGACAGAUAGAGGGAUUUGCAUCUGUUGGAAUGGAGACGGCGAUCGAUGAAGAAAUUCCCAAAAGUUACUUGCCACAGACUGUAAGACAAGGUGGCUACAUGCCACAGUGAAGGACUGGCUCCUGAACUUCAGCAGGAACUGCAAAGUAAAGCUAAAGACUCGUGACUUCAGAUGAGAAACAAUCUUGACUCCCUGAAGAUAGCCAUUGCCUUUAAGGACAAAGUCACACCUGGGCCACCUCCAUUCCAGAGUACCUGGGAUUCUCCUUCAAGCACUACACGAACUGACUUUAUCCUCUGAAUUGCUGGAGGACUCUGCGCUGUUUCCGAAUGUUUGCACUGCCGAAAACAAAGUGUGUCUGAGUUUAUAAAGCUGUUGGCUUGCUACAUAGAAAACGGGGGAUUUAAAUGAGCCACGGUGUCAAGGCAUCGUUCAGCUGGGCUGGUUUUGAUGGGACUGACCAUCCAGAUGCCAGCACAAAGGCCAGCAGCAUCAUUUAAAAGUACCCUGGGGCACACUGUCCAGAUGAUGUCAUCUAGACAAAGAAAGAGUGGAGGGGUGGUUUGUUUCUGGGUCUGCCAGAGAAGUGUGGCCUGCUCCUUGCCAUUGGUAUCGAUGCUGCCAGUUACUACUGAAGAAAAGGAUGAACUUUAAAGAGAAGCAACAUAGAAGUACCCAUUUUCUUAUAGUCACCUACAGCCUCCCAAGAAUCUGCUUAUUAUUGAUAAUGUCUUUCAAAGUCAAUUUCAUCAACCCUAUAGUGGACCAGCCUGGCCUCAAACUCAGAGAUCUGUCUGCCUCUGCCUCCAGAGUUACUGGGAUGAACGGCGUGCACCACCACUGCUCGACUUAAAAAAAAAAAAUUGCUGUUUUUAAAGACUUAAGUUGUUGACAUUUUUCUGAACACAUAUAAACACACCAGGGACAAAUGAUACUAGAGACUGGUUGAGGAAGCACUUUAUCCAGAAUGUCUUCAACUUUAAAUUACUUUAAUUGACUCCACCUUGUUUUUAUUUUCAAGAAUAGCAAGGUGUUUGUUGAAGGGUGGCCUUUCCCAGAGCCUCAAGCAGUCCCAGAACACACCCACCAAUAUCAGCGACCUCCACAGUGGCAGAAGUCCUCCUACAGAGCUGACGAAGCCGGAGGGGUUCUGCUAGUUUGCAGCAUGGGCUUUGAAUCCACAGCCCUGUGCAUGCUAGACCUUCACUCUACCACAGAGCUGCUCUUCCGCCAGGCUCAUUAUGUUAUCUAGGCUCUCGUGAUCCUCCUGUCCCAGCGUCCUGAGUGUCUGGGACUGUGGGUGUAUGCUGUCACACACCCAGCCAGGUCUUUUUAAUAUCUGCCAUUUAUGAGGUAGAGUUUUAACACACGAUCUAGGACUAUCUUAAACCUAUUCCUUCUAGUUGCUUUAUUAAGGAAUAGCCCAGGCAUCCAGUGUUUAGCACUAAAGCCAUUAAUGUAUUUGUGCCUAACUUUCCAGUGUGACAUGGAGGUGGGGGGUAAAGGUAGACACUGGGUGGACAGGAAUUGGCUGAGCACCAUUAGAGGCUGAUCACUACUAAGUGCGCUCACAAGAAAAGGCCUAAAGUUUCAGACCAUGGGCCCUUAGUUCAUGUAUAGUGGUUACCACGCAGUGCCUGAGGAGGAGUUGAUAUGCAUUUAGUUGGAUGCAGUUUUACNUUUUACUCUCAGAAGGUUGUUUAUAUUCUACUUGCUGAUGUGUUAUCAUUUAUAUUUUUAUACUGGGUAAUCCUUUUCUGAGUUCUUUCACUUGUAUAAUCCUCGUGAGACAGUACAUGCUUUGCUCUGGUAUAGUCAGUUGCCUUCUUGGCAAAACCAACCUGGAAUUGCUAAAAUGACAGAAAGGCCAGGUCAGGGUCAGAGAGACCAGAAUUGACACUACAAGGCUGGCACUAUCGCUGUUCAAAGCCUGGUCCCAGUCAAGACUGAAUUUUGUUUUGUUUUGUUUUGUUUUGUUUUGUUUUGUUUUGUUUUGUUUUGUUUCGAGACAGGGUUUCUCUG